AUGAGAUGGCUGGCGGCUUCCAGACAAGGCCGAGUGGCUUUUCUUACAAACGUGCUGGAACUCCAUACUCUCCCAGAGGCUAAAACCAAGGGAGACCUCCCCAUUCGUUUCCUCGAGAGCAAUAAGAGCCCGAGGGAGUUUGCGGACGAGCUGGCGAAAGAGGCGAAUCAGUACAACGGGUUCAACCUCAUAGUGGCGGAUUUCGUCUCAAAAUUCAUGGUUUAUGUGUCCAACCGGCCCAAAGGCGAGCCCGUCUCAAUCCAGGAAGUUUGUCUGGGCAUUCACGUCCUUUCAAACGCGACUCUCAACUCCCCUUGGCCUAAGGUAAUCGAACACCACAUUUCCUAUAUUUUUCAAAUUUUCUUUCAUUUUUACGGCCAAGAGGAAAUCCCGUUGACCAAAAUGGUCGGGAAGUUGAUGAGGGACACGGUGAAAGCCGACAAAGGAAAGUUACCGAACAUAUGUUCCCCCCACUGGGAACUCGGGUUGAGCUCCAUCUUUGUUGAAGUCGACUCUCAAUCAUCGAUGGCUGAUUUUUACACAUUCAUUACGGGGAAGUACGGGACUAGAAGCACGGCAGUCUUGACCGUGAAAGCAUGUGGUGAAGCUAGCUUUUACGAGGUAUACCUCGAGGGCGGCCAGUGGGAAGACCAUACCUUGGAUUACCAUAUUGAGAAACUGUGA